AUCACGUGAUCAAAACAAACCGGCCAAAACUGGUGCGUUGUAGAAGAGAUUGGUUGGAAGGAGACUUGCAUUUUCAAGGUUGUUGAAUGUUCAGAGUGGGAGAUGGAGCCCCCUGAUCCAGUAUUGGUACAGCUCGGCAGUUCUAACCUCACCAUAGCCAGUAUACACACCAUAGGGAGUGCCAACCUUACCCCCUUACCACAGAAAAAAAAGUUCAUCUCCAGGGAGGGGUCUGUAGCGGGGACGGACCUGCUGCCAAUUUGCCGAAUCUGUCAGCUCCCCGGGGACUUACCUGACCCCCUGUUCUCACCCUGCCGCUGUUCAGGGUCACUCAGAUUUAUUCAUUACAGUUGUCUGAAGAAAUGGAUAAGCAUUUCCACAAGAAAAACAAAGAAACCCCCCAAGUGUGAAUUGUGCCAAUAUCAGUUUAACAGACACAAGAAAUUCAGGUUUAAGAACUGGCGAUGGCCACGAGUGAAUGCACGAGACAAGUGUCUCCAUCUGGUGUUCCUCGUAAACCUCUUGAUUAUGAUUGGUUGCGCUGUGGCCACUAUUAUGUGUUUUCUCUCAGACAAAGGACAAAUUAACAAACUACCGAAAAACAAAGUAGAACUGACUAUCGAGGAGAUCAUUACGCUGGCCUGUGGGGUCACAUUCUUUGUGGCCUUCUUCAUUGCCAUGACGGUGGAGAUCAAAGCUCGGCACACACUGUAUAAACUGUUCCUCAAAUUCGUAACACAGAACACAGACUGGGCUGUAGAUGCCUAUGAUAAAAGCAAGGAUCCUGGAUAUGGUGGUCCAGUUGCCUAUGUGUGAUUGAGGGACUCACUGUAUGGGGUCAGUUUGUGUGUGGGUGAGAGAUUUUGAGAGUCAUUGGUUAGGGUCACAAAAUAUGAAAAUGAUGGGCCUUUCUUAUUAGAAUUACGGUGUGAAAUUGGAAAGGGGAAAUGUAUAAUGAAUGUAAAUGAGUCACUAGGCAACUGCAUUAAUUAACACGGGUCAUGAAAGUAUGAGAGACUGCAUUGUAUGAGUGGCGCUGUAAGUGGAAAGUGGUUGAACAAAUCUCAUAAGUCCUCCACUAUUUACACACUUAACUUGUGUCUGUGAUAUGUCUGAUGUCCUCCAUUGAUAAUCACCAAUUUUUUUCAUUUAACUUUCUAUUUGUAGUCUUUUGGUUCAUGGAACCAAACAUCUUGAUAUUCAAUUAUUCAAAUACUGAUAAUUGAGGGAAACAUUUUUCAUCAAGUUUGAAGGAAGACUAGGACUUCUAUCAUAAUACAUGUAUCUUAGAACUUCCUGCAGAUCUUUUAUAAAUUUGUUGUGCUAACUAUUCAACAAAUUUUUAGGGGUGACCAUUUGAUUCUGAGAGGGGGAGGGGUGGUGGUGGCAAAUUUUGUUGAGUCAUAUUAUUUAUUGUCUUGCCAUUGCAGGACAGAAUGUUGAUUUCCAAGAUGACCAUGCCGAGACAGAUUAUUUAUUUUCUUCCCUGGAAAAAGUUGAUUGGAAAAAGAAAACAGAAAUUCUGCCUAAUCUCCAAAACUCUAUUUCAGGAUGGGGGAGAGGGAGGGGGGUCAACCAGUCAAGGUGAGAUUAUUUGUUUUCUUCCCAGUGGAGGACAGAUUAUUUUCUUUCAAUGUGAUCAAAGACAAUAUUUACUUUCAAAAUUUGCCAGUACCUCCCCACUUCAGAAUCAAAUGGUCAUCCCCUAAUAUCUUCCUCAGUUUUAUUGAGUACUCCACAUUGGAGUCAAUAUUGCUACAUACUGUGGCAUGGACCAGACCACCAUGAUCCCAUAUUAUCAGUUCCAAACAGAAAAUCUGCGUAUAACAACAGCUCUUUAUAAGUUAAAAUCUCAAUUUCCAGCCUCUCUUUGAAUUGCAGCUGCAUCAUGGUGCUCUGGUCUCCCUUGUUAUGUAAACAGGCUCUUUUCUCUCAUGAGGCUCGAGAUUUUUAAUGAAAUUAAUUUAACAUCAAAGUUUUAUAAAGGAGUAUUUUAUUUUGCUGAAUGCAGUGUUAUUUGAAUGGAGAAGGGUCUGAGUGACAACACACAAUUAUACCCAGAGUAUCUGUAGACAAAAGAUUACCAUGUGUCUCGCACCAUGACGAAUUAGAAAUACAUUUUUGUUCUGAAUGGUCUUCUAACAUGUCCUAGACUUGAUUGUGUAUUAAUCCAGGAAUUUGCAUCAUUAUAAUCUAGUAAUGUUAUAGUAAAAUCACCACAUUUUUAUAUUAUCAAACAUUUUUUCAGCACUUCUUGCAAAUUGAAUCAUUUGUAUAAUAUUCGGGGAUUGAAUUCCUUUUUCACUUUAUCAAUUUUUAUACUUAUCUAUUUUUAUCAAAAGUAGAAAUAGUCGUAUAAAAUUUGGAUUGAGGGGGUUCCCAGAAUGAUGAUACAAGAAGGUAAUUGGUGGAGAACUUUUGACAAUCCUGAAAUGUCUGAAUGUGUUUUCUGUAUUAUAGAAUAUUUUGCUUUUUGAACACUGGAAAACUUCAUUUGGAAUCUGUUUUUUUUAAAGUGAUAUACUGUAUGAACAAUAGCCAAGAUUUUGUACGAGUUUAUUUGCAGAAUGGCUUACAGUGUAAGUCAAGGAAAUGAAGGGGAAGAAAGAUUUUUUACUUUUUUGAUAAAUAUUGCUUUAUUAUUUCUGUAUCUUGUUGCUUGUAGUGCUUUAUUUUUUCCUUUUUUUAGCCAAACUAAAAGUGCUUGCCUCAUUUUAGAACAGUUAGUUAAAAUGUUUGGCAGUCUUGGUGCAUUUUAUUUUAGAAUUAUUGAAAUCAGCCUUCUUGUUUAAUUUUGUCUUUUUUCCUUGUUUGUUUACUUUUAUGAAAAAAAAAUAUUUAUAGAUAAUUUGUUUAUGGUAUUUUAACAAGAGAUUGUACAACUGAAACACAUUGUUUUAUUUAAAUACAGUAUUAAAUGUGCUAAUGUCUUUUAUCCAAAGACAAGGGUCCAUAAUGCAAAUUUAAAAAUAAAGACAAUUAGCUUAGAGUUCAUUGCUCUAUUGAUAGCUUUAAGAUGUUAGUUUUGUUUUAUCACUUAGUUGUUUGAUAGCUUUAACAAUAGGCAUUGCUUCCUCUUUUUAUAGUUAUGAUUUAUCAUUAGAUUGUACUAAUUAUUAACGUGCACCACAUUACACUAAUGUACAUAAGAAGUUUGCUCAAUCCUCCUCCAAAAUCCACUUGCUUUCAGGGACUGACUGUCCAGACCUUAUGUCACAUCACAGGACCAAUGAUUAAGGCAGGAACUGGGGAAAAAAGUGCCUUUCAAGAAAUGUUAAUUGUUCAUCUGUUUUGGUUAGCUUAUAAUACUGCAGCCUUAAUUAAAGCUACAAGAUCACUUAGGUCACGGUAAUGCUUAUGGGCCCUUAUCUUUGUGUCAAUGCACUUGAUACUGUUACAUUUCCAAUUUUCCUACUGAGCAGUUUCUAGUAUCAGAGAAGAAUGCAAAAAUACUCAAAACAUGCUGAAGAUAUCUAACUUUGUUCCUUGGAUUUUCUAAAACAGGAUCUUGGCAAGUGUUCUUGCUACUUUAGUGCAAAAUAGACUUCAUUGAAAUUUAGCAUGUUAUUAUGUUUAAAUCAAAUAUUUAGAAUUAUAUUUGAAUUUAUUAAGAAAGUAUAUUGGUAAAUUGUGAAAUGAUCCUCAGCAAAUUUUGAGUUACUGUAUUUCUGAAAUGCACAGUGCAGGUUUUGGUGGCUACAUUAUUUAUGAGGUGUGUCUAGAGGAGUAUAAUAGAAAAGAGCAACACCAAUGGCACUGUUUCACAAACAUAUUUUGAAAAUUAUAGUGAUAAAUGUUUAUAUUGCUAAAAGACUGACACAUUACCACGCAGUGGUAACACAUUGUGAGACUGGAGGGCUGUGAAGAGAUUUGUAUAAAUUGGAACUGUGCUUCAUAUUGUUAAUGUUUUCUGUGUUUAUAAUUCUACCUAAACUUUUGGUGCAUUUUUCAGUGUGUUUAAUAUAUAAAAUAUAUAUACAUGUAUAUCUGUACAGAAAAUUGUAAAAUACAAAUAUUACUGUAUAAUGUCAUUGAAAAGUUUUAUAAUAAAAUAAUCCAUUGAA